AUGCUACAACAAAUCCCAAACGCACCUCUUUACGACAAGAAUCCAACCGGUGGCCCACAAUUUCGCAACUGGACGGACCUUCUUUGCGCUUUCAAUGACCAGCUCACACAAGGACCGGUAUGGCUUUACAAUACACCAGGCCAGCAGGGACUGAUUGGCUUUCCUUUCAACGCCCUUUUGGUACGUUACCGUAAUCUUACCUCCCCACCAUGUUCUGGCUUCUCUCCUGUCGCCAAUCGCAUCUCUAACCCCGCCCAAACACCAAAGAACUGGUCCAUGUCAACCCCAGCAGGCCUCCUCGCCUUCCACCGUCCCGACGUCAACGCCCACCUCCGCGAAAUCCUAACCGCCUACGGCACCUUCCUCUCUUCCCCCGCCUCUGCCGCCGUUCUUAACUCCAAUGCGACCGGCUGGCUGAGCCCGACUGCCCUCGACGCCCUUGUGUCUACCGCCUGUCUGCCCACGAUCCAUACCACAUCCAACAGCUCCGACCGCGAGUCAAAAACAAACACAAGCGACGAUCCCCGUCCCCAGUUCCACGACCUCUUCGUCUCCGACCCGCUCCACCCCACGUACGGCUUUUCGUCCUGGGACGCCUUCUUCACGCGCCGCUUCCGGCCGGGUAUCCGACCCAUCGCUUCCCCUUCCGACGACGGCGUCAUAGUCAACGCUUGCGAAUCUACCCCCGUAGCUCUCGAGCGUGGAGUCAGGCUGCAUGAUGAGUUCUGGGUUAAAGGGCAGCCGUAUAGCUUGAUGACCAUUCUCGGGGCUUUGCAGACCAAUGCGGAGGAAGAGUCAGGGGAUGACUUGGACAAGAAGAGGGACGAGAAAGAAAAGAACGAGAGAGAGCAAGAGAAGGAGAAAGAGCUGGAACAAGCAAUGCGCUUCGAAGGCGGAACCAUCUACCAGGGCUUCCUGGGGGCACUAAGUUACCACCGCUGGCAUGCCUCUGUUUCUGGAGUAGCGGAGAAAGUGAGGAAGAUACAAGGGACUUACUUUGCUGGAUGUCCUGGGUUAGCCUCCCGCAAAGACUUGCAUGAUGGAGAGGAACGAAAACUCGAUCCUUCAGCGCCGGAUAGAAGCCAGAGGUAUCUCUGCCAGGUGGGCACCAGGGCUUUGGUGUACAUACGGGCGAGGGACAGGAGGCUGGGGACGGUGGUGUUCGUGGCGGUGGGCAUGGCGGAGGUGAGCAGUUGUGAGGUUACGGUUCGGGAGGGGGAUGUGGUGGAAAAGGGGGAGGAGAUGGGUAUGUUCCAUUAUGGCGGCUCGACGCACUGUCUUAUUUUCGAGCCGGGUGUUCGGUUGAAGUUCAGAGAUGCAGUAGAGGAGGUUGAGGGCAAGAGACGGGGUCAUAAUUUGCCGGUGAAUGGAUAUUUAGCGGAGCUUUUGUCUGAAUGA